AUGGCGCGGCUGCAGCGCCCGUCGCUGGUUCUGGGGCUGGCCGCCCUGCUCCUGCUCCUUUUGGGGGGCUGCUCCGGUGAAGGCUGCAGGGAUGAUGGGGAUGAAGAUCUCUGCAGCCCUUUCUGCUUCCUCAAUGAAUUCAAGUGCCAGAACGGGGAGUUCAUACCUGAGCUCUGGACCUGUGACGGCUACGAUGACUGCGGGGACGACAGCGACGAAGCCAGCUGCCCUUGCCAGUUCUUCCAGUGUAAGAAUGGACAUCGGGUGGAGGAGGACGAACUCUGCGAUGGAGAUGACAACUGUCGGGACGGCAGCGACGAAGCCGGCUGCGCCUGUGGCGAGAGCCAGUUCCAGUGCGCCAAUGGGCGCUGCGUGCCCCUCGAACUGAGCUGCGACGGGUUCGACCACUGUGGGGACGACAGCGACGAAGCCAACUGCACCUGCACCGAGGCCCAGUUCCAGUGCCGAAACGGGCGAUGCGUGUACGAGUUUUGGACCUGCGACGGCGUGGACCACUGUCUGGAUGACAGCGACGAAGCCAACUGCACUUGUGCCGACGACCAGUUCGCGUGCAAGAAUGGGCGCUGCAUCCCCGGACUUUUGGCCUGUGAUGGGGAAGACAGCUGUGGGGACGGCAGCGAUGAGAAGGAUGCCCUCUGUGCCAUCCAGGGUUCCACUGCACACUCUCUCUUCUAUUUCCGCACAGUCGUGACCAAGUUUGGCCAGGGGUUGCCCCGUUUCAUAGAAGCAGGCUAUUUGGAUGGCCAGCCCAUCGAGUACUUUGACAGCCACACGAGAAGGGUCGUCCCUCGGGCACCCUGGAUGGAGGCGAAUCUGAACGAGCAGUACUGGAACGAACAGACCGACCUGGUGCACGUCAACGAGAGGUGGCUCCGAGAUUACCUCUUGAUUCUGCAGAAUCACUACAACCAGACCGGGGGGUUUCACACCUUCCAGUGUAUCCAGGGCUGUGAGCUGAGUGAAGACCAGACCAAAAGAAGGUAUUAUCACUGGGAAGCCUACGACGGGAGGGACAUCGACAGAAGGGCCCACGAGGAGACGGGCCACUGGAAAUACUUCCGGCACGAGGACUGCAUAGAAGAGCUGAAGGAAUACCUGGGCUAUAGGAGAAAAGCCCAGCAGAGGAAAGAGCCCCCAAUGGUGAAAGUGACGCACCGGGAGAGCACUGGCAGCCUGGAGACGCUCGUCUGCCGGGUCUACGGCUUCUACCCCAAGCAAAUCGAGGCCACCUGGCGGAAGGAUGGGGUGGCUUGGGAGCAGGAGACCCUCCGCGGGGGUGUCGUCCCGAACUCGGAUGGGACCUUCUACACCUGGCUCAGCAUCCAGAUCAACCCGCAGGACAGGGACCGCUACCAAUGCCACGUGGAACACAUUGCCCUAAAGCAGCCCGACUCAGCAUGGCCCAUUGUGGGGGGUGUCUUGGGAGCCGUGGCUGCUCUCCUUCUUCUGGCCGGGAUCCUUUGGUACAUCACAAGAGCCCGAGUGUCUACCAGCAACCUCAGAGGGAACAAUCCAGACCCCCAGCAGCCUUAAAUGCGCGUGAUCCCUCUCACCAUCGACACCACAGAAAUGGCAGCUCUCCAGGUUCAAGACGGAAGAAGCAAAGAGGACCCGUGUCUCUCCUG